AUGUCUUGCUACAGUGAGUCCUGCAGACCCUGCGAGGUGACCUGCCCUCAGCCGAUUGCCGAGAGCUACAAUGAGCCGUGUGUGCAGCAAUGCCCUGACUCCAGAGCAGUGAUCUUCCCGCCGCCGGCUGUGGUGACAGUCCCGGGCCCAAUACUCAGCUCUUUUCCUCAGGAGAGCGUUGUGGGAUCGUCAGGCCCAGCCUGGUUGGGGAGUUCCUUCAGUUCCCAAAGCUCCCAGGGCUAUGGGGGCUCCUUUGGUCUGGGGGGCUAUGGGGGUUCAUUGGGCUAUGGGAGCUCGCGGAGUUAUGGGGGCUCCUUUGGUUUGGGAGGCUAUGGGGGCUCCUCUGGGUAUGGGCGUUCCCGGGGCUAUGGGAGCUCCCUGGGCUUGGGGAGCUCCUCUGGCUACAGGGGCUCCUUGGGUUAUGGGAACUCACAGAGUUAUGGGGGCUCCUUUGGUCUGGGGGGCUCUGGGAGCUCCCUGGGCUUGGGGGGCUCCUCUGGCUAUAGGGGUUCCCGGGGCUAUGGGAGCUCCUUUGGUUUGGGAGGCUAUGGGGGCUCCUCUGGGUACGGCCGUUCCCUAGGUUAUGGAGACAACAUGGGUGACGUGGGCUCCGUGGGCUAUGGAGGCCAAUAUGGGUCCAGCGGCUUUGGCAGUUGUGGGAGGUCCUACAGCUCUGGCUUCUCUUCCUAUGGCACAGGGUAUUACCUCCCUGGCGCCCAGAGGUGGGGCAUGUCCCGCCGCGGGAGCUGUGGGGCUUUCUAA